CGAAUAUCCUAUAUCCAGGUUUUGCUGUACCCCAUACGGAUUGUUGGUUCGCCGCGAAUCCCCUCCAUGGCUCCAACAUUCAUAUUUCUGUCUGCUUAGUUUUCUCCCACGUUCUACGAGUAUAUACAGAGUCUCUGUAAAGUUACAUUACCCUGCAAUUUUCACGUCUCAUCAUGUCAUCUCAAGCUCUAAGGCGAUGUAUGUCUUUGUCUUCCCCGCAGUGAAAGCGGCUACUGCAUGUGCGUUUGAGUAACAGUUACCGUACUUAGGUUGCAUUGUGAAGCCAAUCUCAAAUAUCGGUCAUGCUUCGAAGUCUUUCAUAUCGAUUUCUUCGGUGGGGUUGAAACAACAGAUGCGGUAUGUGUUUCUUUUCCGCUUCUCUUCGCCCCCGGUCCCACCAGUACGAAAGUUGAGAUCAACUAACAAUCUCAUUCUAUAUGACUCUAGACACGCCACAUCUACCACCAAUCCAAAACCCGCGGUCUCAGUCCCGCCAACUUUCGGAUUGGCACCAUCUAAAGGAAUCGAAAUUCUCGCUGCCCAGCGUCGUCAACGUCCCGUCGCACCCCAUCUACAAAUCUACAAGUGGCAGAUAACAUCCGUUCUCUCCAGUCUGGAACGCAUCACUGGCGCCACGCUGGCGGGCGCCCUCUACAUAUUCGGCACCGCAUAUUUUGUGUCACCAUAUCUAGGUUGGGAUUUGUCUUCGGAAGCCUUGGUUGCGGCGAUGGCAGGUUUGCCAAUGGCAGUCAAAUUUGCUGUCAAGUCUGUUCUUGCGUGGCCUUUUUUAUUCCAUUUUUUUAAUAGCUUGAGACAUUUGGGUUGGGAUUUGGGGAAGGGGUUUAAGAAGGUGGUGAUUGUUCGGACUGGGUAUGUGGCUGUGGCUUUGUCGUUUUUGGCGACGACUGGUUGUGCGCUAUGGUUUUAG